GCCGCAACGUGACCAGACCGGCCUUUCCCAGUAAAGCGGUUGUGCAAAGCGGUGGUUGGUUUUUCCUAGACCUAGGGGCAUCUCACCCGGUUCCUGCCGUGCUGCUUGAGUGGGUGGCUGGCAGGGGUGGAACGGGCCCCUCCAGCACACCGGCGUUCUCCUCUAGUCUGGGCCUUCCCUUUGGGCCCCUUCAUUAUCCCCAAACCCUGUAUUUUAAUUACUGUGUAGCUCUGUAAAGGGAAUGUGCUUGCAGAUCCACUUCCCAGGCUGAAGUUUCCUGUCAUGGGAGGCUGAAUCAUCUUUGUUCCUGGUGAAAGCAAGGUAUUAUGGAAGAAGGAAGCAGUGUUGCAGUAUUGAUGCCAAAUAUUGGGGAACAGGAAGCUGUGCUGAUUUCUGAAACAGUCAUUGGCCCAACACUGCAGAACAGUGAAAAUCAAAGAAAAUGUAACACUGACCCACUAAUUCAUGUUAUCCAGAAACUAAGCAAAAUAGUUGAAAGUGAGAAGACACAAAGAUGCCUUUUAAUAGGGAAAAAACGCUCCCAUCCUAAUGCUUCUGCACAGUCCUUGGACGCAGAUGAUCUUUGUGAAAUCCCAGCUAAAGCAAUUGAGCUCUCUGUUUUCACAACUAGAAAGACUGAAGAGCUACAAGCAAAUUAUUUUGUGACUGAAUGUCUUCCACAAAGCAAAAAGAAUGUGAUGUGCUACCAGUGUAGCCUGUGUAAGUUUCUAUCACCCUCUCUCUUAACACUACAAGAACAUAUAAAACAACAUGGGCAGAAAAAUGAAGUGAUAUUCAUGUGCUCAGAAUGUCAUUUUGCUUCCAAAAGCAAAGAAGACCUUCAGUCCCACAUCCAAAGUUGCCAUGAGAAUGGUGGUAAAAAUAACACCCAGACAAAAGUGCAGCAGUGUGUAAAUGUCGCAAGUUCAUUUUUGAAAGGGCCAGUGGAAGGAAGUGUCAAAUCAGGGGCUGAUCAGACAGGAAAUCUGAAAGGUAACAAUACAACUCAGUCUACUCAGAGGCCUGAAAUGGGUAGGAGAAAAUGGUAUACUUACGAGCAGUAUGGUAUGUACCGGUGUUUAAUUUGUCGGUACACAUGCGGUCAGCAAAGAAUGUUGAAAACACACGCUUGGAAACAUGCAGGUGAGGUUGAUUGCUCCUAUCCUAUCUUUGAGGAAGAAAAUGAAACUACCAACAUGUCAGAGGUGGUUGUAACUCAUACACCUCAUAGCAUGGAUGCAGUUGUUCUUUCCUUGGAAAACAAUGAACUUGAUAUCCAGAGUGAGCCUUCUCUUCAACUUCAGAUUUGCAGUUCUGAGCAACUGUCAUGUAAAUCGCCAGUAGGAACAAACGUAAAAGAGGAAGAGAUGUUAAAUCAGUCUGUAGUGCAUUCUCCUACUACAGAGGUUUUAGAGGACACUGUAUCAGAUACAGAACCAGAUAGUAUGAUAACUGAUAGCCUGCUUUCAUCAGCACAGAAAAUCAUCAAUUGUAGUCCAAAUAAAAAGGGUCAUGUUAACGUAAUAGUGGAGCGUUUGCCAAGUGCUGAAGAAAGUAUCUUACAGAAGCCUUUCUUGAUGAACACUGACAUUGAAACGGAAAAAAAAUUAAUCUCAGAGGAGUCCCACAUUGCCUGUGAAGAACCUGAUGAAGUUUAUCAUUCAGAUCCAAUUCAAGAAGUAGUAAUAGGAUGGAAUAAUACCGAGAAGAAAGAUAAUGAAUUAAGCUCUAAUAAAACCAUACCAUCUGAUGAAAAUGUGCCGCCUGCACGAAGAAGGACAAAUUCAGAGUCUUUACGACUACACUCAUUAGCUGCAGAAGCUCUUGUUACAAUGCCUAUCAGAGCUGCAGAACUAACAAGUUCUAGCUUCAGGACUCUGACUGGAGAAGAUGCUGUGGAUGCAGGUGCAGGACAGGGAGAAGCAGAUGGCCCAUGUGUGACUCAUUCUAAAGUGGCAUCCUCACUUCAAGAUCAUUCAGUGGAGUUUAGUAACUUUAGCCAAGGUGAAUGUGCGAUAGUUGAGAUACAGAAAGAAAGGCCAGAGUUAUCAGAAGCACCAACUAAAAUGGGCAUCAGUAUGUCACUACUCACUGUCAUUGAAAAAUUGAAGGAGAGGACAGAUCAGAAUGCUUCUGAUGAUGACAUUUUGAAAGAAUUGCAAGACAAUGCACAAUGCCAAAAUGCAAAUGAUGCAAACAUUCCUGGCAGUAACCUAGUAGAAUAUAUACCUAACGCAGAUCGACCCUACCGCUGUCGCCUCUGUCAUUACAGCAGUGGUAAUAAAGGCUACAUAAAACAACACUUGAGAGUCCAUCGUCAGAGGCAGCCAUAUCAGUGUCCUAUCUGUGAACAUAUUGCCGACAAUAGUAAGGAUUUAGAGAGCCACAUGAUCAACCACUGCAAAACAAGAAUGUAUCAGUGCAAGCAAUGUGAAGAAUCCUUUCAUUAUAAGAGCCAGCUACGAAAUCAUGAAAGAGAACAACACAGUCUUCCAGAUAUCUUUUCAGCAGCCACAUCUAACAAACUAAUAGUUUCCAACGAAGUAGAUGAAAGAGAAGGAAACAAGUCUUCAGUUCAGAAACUGUAUAGGUGUGAUGUGUGUGACUACACAAGCACAACUUAUGUUGGUGUACGCAAUCACAGACGAAUUCAUAACUCUGAUAAGCCAUACAGAUGUCGAGUGUGUGACUUCGCCACCACAAACAUGAAUAGCUUGAAAUGCCAUAUGAGGCGCCACCCCCAGGAGCAUCAGGCAGUGCAGCUGAUGGAACAGUACAAAUGUUCUCUCUGUGGGUAUGUAUGUAGCCAUCCUCCAUCCCUGAAGUCCCACAUGUGGAAACAUGCAAGUGACCAAAAUUACAACUAUGAACAAGUGAACAAGGCUAUUAAUGAUGCAAUUUCGCAAAGCAGCAGGUUUCAAGGACAGCUUCCUGACAAAACACUAUUAGAAGGCACGGAUGAGAGUACAAUAUCUAUACUAGGAAGUUCAGACAACUUGGUGUCUUUUACAGAGUCUAUUAACCAGACUACAAACGAAAUUUCAGGUUCUGAUGAAAAGCCUAACUUGAUGAAUACCUCAUGCAGUUUAGAAAAGAGCUCCACUCUACCCCACAUUGGCACAGAAUACUGUGUUCUUCUCUUCUGCUGCUGCAUUUGCGGUUUUGAGUCUACCAAUAAAGAUAAUCUGCUGGAUCAUAUGAAAGAACAUGAGGGUGAAAUCAUAAAUAUCAUUCUAAAUAAGGACCACAGCACAUCCCAGAGCACAAACUAGGAGAAGCAUACAGCAGUUUGCAGUAGAAGACGUUCAUCUCUCUAUCAGUGGGGAAUAUUGUUAUACUGGCUAAUUACCUGGCAACUUUGUUGAGGUUAUUUAAAAAGUUGGCUAGUUAAAUUGUUGGAAAUACAUGCUUUGAUAAAAUGAAGUAGUAGCAUUUCCAAAGAGGCCCUUUAGGAGCCAGAUUUAAACUUUCUAGUUCAGGCAUGUAUUUCUGCUUUUAAUGACAGGCAGAUGCACAGCAGCAUGCCUAGUUCUUGACAUGGGGAUGUAGUUACCUGAUUUUUAGUAGCUUAUUACUUAGAAAAUUACUUACUCUUAGAAGAACAGUAUUUCAUGGUUACUUUAUCUAUAACUUUCUGCUAGCAAAAAUAAGCUACAACUUUAAAUCUGAGGUGGCAUAUAUAGUGUACAGUCUAUUGUGCUAUUGCUGACUAGAAGUGGCAUCAGAAAAGAAAACAGUUCUUGUCACAACUUUAUGAAGCAGCACAAACGCACUAAGAGUCCAAGUACAUUUGGUGAUUUUUCUUUUGAUUUCCUCAAUUUGACUUGUUCUUUUGGGUUAAAUAUUAUUUCAUUAAUAAAUUGGGUAGCAGAAAGUACACAUUUUGCUUUAAAAAUUGGUCAGGAUAUAAUGUCAGAGCAUUUUUGUGUCAGAUAUUUGAGAUAUUUUAAGUACAUAAGUGAAGUUGCUUAGCUAGUGAAAGAUAAAAAGGUGAAAAACUUUUUAAAAUAAGAAGGAGGUGGCAAUGAAACAAGAGAGUACAAACAGUUCAAAACAGCACCCUUGAAUCAAAAUUAUCAAUUUUCUGGUGUAUAUCAACCCACGCUUGCAGCAGUAAGUAUAAUGUGCCAGGAGUCUUUGUAGGGGGAUUACAGAGCAGGAUGCGUCUAUUCACAGUUGUUCUUUGCCAUCCUGUUGCUUUUUUCUUUUUGACUGUGUGUUCGUAUAAUGGUAGAAAGUUAGUUGAUGCUAAAAACCAUUAUAAAACCCGUAACAAAUGCCAACAAAUAAUUCCUUUCCACAUGUACAGAGAUUUAUUUUUUUAAAAACUGUCUUCAUUCUGCUUGCCAUUAGCUACCCACUCACAAUUCCCUUCGGACUUUACCCGAAGUUCUGCAUGUGAAGUAAUUAUAGACUUAGUUUUUCUGAAAGCAAAUUUUUUUUUGCUUUAUUAUUCCUCAGGUUAGCUGCUUUAGAAAGUGUAUGGUUGGCUUGGUUGCAUGUUCUGUAAUGGGUUUUAGGCACAUUUCAGUCACCAACACUGCAGUCUUCGCCUUUCUCUAAGCUUGUAAAAUAUUUUUGGAUCUUCUGUCACAGUACUAUCAGAUGAUCAGCUAUUCACUUGCCAUUUGUUUCAAUUAGAUUUUAUUCUGUGUUAUAAACUGUAACUUGCAGCUUUAAACGCCUCUACUUCUACUAAAGAGAAAACUUACUUCAUUCUACUCUGUACUGAUAAAUAGGUGCAUAUUUCAUCUUUCUGACUGAUACCUGGCCUGGAAAAAUACAGUGGGGUUCAGUCAGAGUUAGGGUAUUUUCCAGAAGCACUUAUUUAAUCAUUUUUAAAAAAAUGUACAGUUGGUGCUCAAAGUAACAUUUGUUAAGAUAUAUUUAAUAGAAAUUUACAUUUGCAUUUGAUAUUCAUGGACAUGGGUACAUGUAUUUUUUUAAGAAAAGGUAAUGUAACACUAUGGCACUGCUUUUAUAGCCAAAGUAUAAAAAAAUUAGAAAACUGACAUGUAAAGACUGCAGUUCAUUCUGAUACUGUAUCUUGUUAAACAGGAUGACUUUUCAUUUUAUGAGAUUAUCCAGCACAUUAAGCUGCAUGCCUUAAGCUCUCUCUAGGAUUGUGUUCCUGAUAGAUGACUGUUUGGAACUACGAAGCAAAGUCUGUAGUACUACUUUAACUACCUUCUGAAAUACUGUACAAUGUUAGAAUAAUUUAUUUUGCUUUACAGGAGUUUGUCACGUAUCGACUUUAAUAUUGUAUUUUGGUAAUAAACUUCUUUUGUUAAA